UUGUGGGCGUUUCUGACUCGUGGCGGAAGGGCAGGUGCAGCUCCAGAGACACAGCAGCGUUUUCAUAACAACCGUUACCAACGAGAAGAGAGAAGCUAGUGAAGCUUUUGAAAAGCCUGUAGAUUACGUUUUUCCAGAUAGCGUAACUCACCCUGUGUUCAUUACUGUGAGAGCGACUGGGGGGCCGUCGCCAUGACUCUGAACCAUAACCACUCGGAGUCCGGCGGAGUCAUCAUUAACAACAGCGAAAGUGUGCUGAUGAGCUAUGACAAUGUGGAGAUCACCUUCUGUGAUGCGGAGAGCCUGCCUGAAGCUUUCAAAAAGAGCAAGAAGGGCAGCGUUUACCUGACUCCGUACAGGGUGAUCUUCUUGGCUAAAGGACGGGAUGCGCUGCAGUCUUUUAUGAUGCCCUUCUACCUGAUAAAGGGCUGUGAGAUCAAACAACCUGUUUUGGGGGCCAAUUACAUUAAGGGCAGUGUAAAUGCAGAGCCUGGAGGUGGUUGGGAAGGCAGUGCAACAUUCAAGCUCAUCUUUGCAGCUGGAGGAGCCAUAGAGUUCGGCCAGUACAUGAUGCAGGUUGCAUCCCAGGCAUCUAGAGGACAGCCUGUGACCCCUGGCUUUGGUGGAUGCCCCUACAUGGCUAACGGGGCCUACGCUUACCCUCCUCCCCCUGCCAAUGGCAUGUACCCUGCAGGACCUCCACCCAGCUAUUCCUACCCCAACCCUCCUCCUGCAGGUGGAUUUUACCCCAGCCCUCCAGCGUUUGAUGCCUCUGCAGGCUACGUACCACCUCCUCCUUAUUCUGCUCCUCUGGGUCAGCAACCACCACAUGACCCGGACCUCCCCUCCUCAGCAGCAGCGGAGGCCAAAGCAGCCGAGGCAGCAGCGAGCGCCAGCAGCGUCACUCUGCCUCCCACACAUGUGUACCUGCCACAGGACAAGCCUCCUCCCUACUCCCCUCCGGAGGACAAGAAGAACCAGUAGACCUGCUUGAUAUAGUCCUCAUCCUAGUCUCCUCUACUAUCAUGUCAUUAACUGGACAUCAAAAGGGUCGAAGUAUUUUCUUUUUCCAGUUUUCUUAACACAUUCUCUCUUUCUUUUCUUUCUCAGAACUCAUCCUCCAUUUUUUUCUUAUUGCUUUCUUGCCUCGUUCUCUUUACCUUUUGCAUUCAUGUUAAUGCAAUUGUCUUGUCAUUCAUUUCCGAAGCACCUUUACUUGAUGGAAAGGAGCAGAGAACAAGUGUUAAUAGUCUUUUAGAAAGGCCAAAGUGGUUAGGAUUUAUGGGCUUUUUGUCUGAAUCUGACAGCUGGUUUAGUAUUUAUUGCCUUUCAAGUGUCCCAAGAAUCAUACCGCCACCUUAAACUAUAGAUUCAGCAACUUCUAAUUUUCUAUCACUAUUAAAUAAGACUGGAUCUGAUGAUGAUAGUUUGCUAACCUGUAAGCUGAAAGCAGUUGUUUAUUUUUCUAUUAUUUGUGUGUACAGGCUUUUAACUAUGUAGACUUUUAAAAGGAGAUAUUUUCUCAAGAACACGGACCUAAAGGGAGAAAUAGGUUUUGUGUAUGGAGCAGAUUUCCGCUUUGACAUACUUUAGUGGGUGAGACAACCACAAAGAUUAGAGCGGCGUCCAGCCCCAGCACCGAGUCCCUGAUCCUGGAUUAGAUCAGAGAGCGACCGGGGCCAGAAGGGACCAACUGCCAGGAGGGAUUAAUCUUUACAGUGUGCAAGAGCAGAGCAGUCACCAAAAAUGAUGUCACUUCCUGUUUUGUCAUACUCCUAUAGGCUUCAGGAAAACACAUGGUCAGACUCACCGCCAGCCCGCUUCACCUUUCACCCCUCCAACAUCCAUUUGGACCAUUGUAGAUAGAAACAGAAGCAUUCGAGGACUUUCUCACUUUGUAAUUUGUGUGCUUGUGAUCUUGACUCAGCAGUUUCAGGUCUGAUCUGAGAAGCUCAGUAUCUGAUCGUCUACUCUUCCUCUGUGGUCACUAAUCUAUUUAUUGUAUCUGUAACACAUCCCUGGCUGAUUCUCUGCUAUGCAUCGGGCUCCCGUUUGCUCUGUCAUGGCUGUAUGUACAAUAAACAAAGCUCUGUAUUUAUUUCAAACUAAUUUAUUGAAUAAUUUGUGUAAAAUGGCUCAAGAGGGGAAAAAAAGCAUGAUCUCAACUGAUGCAUGUAUGCAUUAGAUUGGAUUUUAAUAAAUGGCUUUUGACUGGU